AUGCAAAAAAAAGAAUUACAAAAAUUAGCCCAAAAGGUUCAAUUAGAGAUAAAAGAGGAGGAAUUACAAAAUUAUUUGGACGUUUUUAAGCAUUUAGAAAAAUUAUUGACUGACUUCCAAAAAGUUAAAAUAGAAAAAAAAACCAAGCCUCUGAAAAGAAUUAAUGUUGGCUCUUUAACAUUGCGAGAUUUAGAAAAAUUGAAAAAAGUCUCCUCCGGCGAACUAUUAAGGCUACCCCUAUCCCGACAACAAUUAACAGCAAGAAUAAAACAAGAAUAA